GCGGCGUCUCGCGCGCCGGCCGACUCCGAGGAUGCGGGAAGAUGGCGGCGGAGUCGGGCAAGGUGAGACGUGCCGUCGAGGACGCGACGCCGACAGCGACGACGGCGACGACGGAGAGGGAGGACGCGCCGCGCCGACGUCUCGAGUAUUACCGAUUUCGCAUCACCGACCUCCUGUACUACGCGCUUUCGGUCAGUUUCUUUUUCGCGGACGUAGCAACAGACAGCAUUGUAUGUGUGGGAUACCUUUUGCAAGGCCACUCAGCGUGGGGAUGCUUUGCAAUGGGUUUCACCAUCUUACCCGCUUGUGUUACCCAACUAUUUAGUUUGAGAUGGCAUCGCAGCGACGGUUCUCUGUGGACUGUUCACUGGUUAUGGCACUUCUUGCUGCUCGGCUUUUUGCACAGGUAUCUGACGUUGUUUUGCACCGCAAUGCACUCUUUGAGAAAUAAAUCAAGCUUCAGCAGAGACAAGAGCUGGGUCUAUCGACAAGAGAGUGAUAUAUGUAUGCUGCAUUUGUUUGAAUCGUUUAUGGGAGCUGCGCCACAGUUGAUACUACAGCUGUACAUUAUUGCGAAAUUAAAUCAUGCUCCACUUUCAACGAGUGCUUCGGCCGUAGCUUCCUUUUGUUCCCUGACAUGGGCCGUGAGUACGUACAUGAGAGCCAUGCACAAUAUCAAUCGCGAGCGCAGCAACGCGACCUGGGUCGCUCUCGUUUUUCGCCUCUGGCGUGGCGGUAUGUUGCUGUCCAGAAUCGGGGUCCUCGUGUUAGCCGCCAUUUUUUUGAGAGCGUGGUUCUUCUUGUUUCUGGGUCUGCAUUGGCUGUUCAUGACCAUCUGGGUGAUCCUGCAGAAGACGGAGUUCUGCCCAACCGUGUGGGAGGAGCGCAUCUACAAUUGCAUCAUCGGGCUGAUCUACUGCUUCGAUUUUUUCAAUUUGCGCGAGGGCAGGUCGCGUUACCGCGUCCUCGUCUUUUACACGGUGAUCGUGGCGCAGAAUCUGAUCCUCCUGAUCAUGUACGCGUUGCGUUUCAAGGACACGAUCGCCAACGAUACGAUGAUCGCAAUAGCGUCCGGGAUAAUCGGCGCUAUGCUUGUCGGUUUGACGAGCAUGUCGUUGUACUACGGCAAGUUUCACCCGUCGAGGACGACGACGACGUCUACGAAGGGAAUCUCGAGCCGGAACAUCGACGAGAACUCGCACGCGACCUUGAACGCUGCAAAGACCGACAGCCCUGGCAAGUCUUUCAAGCUGUUCUAUCGCGGCUCCCACGUGUCGUUGCACCACUCCAUUGACAUCUCGCCGAGGACCGAGGAGGGCGAGGUGGCCACCGACAAGCAGUCCCUGCUGACGAAUAUCGCGCAGAUUUCGGACUGCGCCGAGGAGGGCAUCGUGAAUCGCAACUACAGCUCGGAGAACGAGUCCAACGCGAGCGUCGUGCGGGUCUCCACCGAGUGCGAGAGGCCGCACAGUCGUGUUGGUGCGAAGCAUCAAGAGGAGAUCGCGUCGAGCGACAAUAAUCCGGAGAACGGCAGCCCGGCGUCCCUGUAUCCGGGCCUGCUUGACAUCGACUCCUCCCGAAAGCGUCACGGCAUCUACGAGCACGAUAUUACGUCGCAACUGGACGACUGGCGCGCGCCCGACAUACAGAACAUCGACCUGCUUGAUCAGCUCGACAACUCCGAGCGGAACAAGUCUCUCUCGUUCGAUUCCUGUUCCAGCAAGGUGAACGGCGCGUUGGACGUUAUCAAGAACAGAGGAAAAUUGACGACCCCAACGCCGUUGGAAAGCGGCAGGAUUUUCGAUAUAGAAAAGCAGCAACAGCAACAACGGGACGACACGAUGAGUUGCGUGACGUCGAUCCACGAUUACGAGAACGUGUGUCCACUGGGUAUCGCUCGGCCGCCGUGGUGCAUCCGCAGCUGGAAAGGCUACAUGGACAUCGAGACGUACAUCCACGACGACAGCGUGGUGCGUGACUGUCGGCGAGACACCUUGACGAGUACGACUGGGACGACGUACAGCUCGGAAUAUUCCGACGGUAUGAUUUCGCGCGGAAAGCAGGACGAUUACGCGGACGCUCUGACUUACGAUCUGGUAGAAUCCAAGGAUAGAUCCAAAUCUUCGUCUUACGGCGACAACACGUUUUCCGCGUCCUCCGACGUCGACGAUCGGACGGCCAGUCUGUACGUCGCGAAGCCGGUGGUGAUCGACGACCGGGGCGGCAUGCUUGCCCUGGACACGAUCUUAGAGGAGCGCGACGACUCGUCGGACGAGAAUUUCCCGCAUGGGAUGGAGGCGUCGCGCGACUGUUCCGCGAGCACCCUGGUGAGCACGAUAGACCAGAUCAGGCGCUACACGGCGGAGAAUUCGCCGCGACACGUUUACCACACCACCGAGACUCAGUGGGAAGAUCUGAGCCCCAAGAACCUGAUGGCGCGAGCGAGCUUCGCCCGGGUGCUUUUCGACAACGACCUCAGGAACUCCUCGACGACGGUCGGCCCGGUUGAUCUGACCGCGCGGGACGUCGAGAAGCGAGAGAUAGACGCCAUGAGGGAGUUUGUCCGGUGCUGCGCGAUAGAGUCCAUCAAGAAGACGCCUCUGAUAGAGGCGAUUCUAUCGGACUCGCCGAUUUUAGGUAGUAGAGCGAGCAAGCUGGUGCGACAGGUCACGUUCGCGGAUCCCAAGGACGAGUUCGACGCGAGCGAGGGCGAUCUCUACGUGGAGAUGAGACCCCUGGUGUCCGUCGAGAACGGGGAGAAGACCGGCGAGACGGAAAGCUCGUUCAAGAGAAGUAACCCGACUACGAUUUCGGAGAAAUCGCCGGACAAGGAGAAUCUGGCGCCGAUUAGGUUCAACACCAGCAUCAGGCGGAUCAGCAACAUGAUGUACGACAACGGCGAUGGCUGCGACAGUCGUGCUUGGACCAUAGAGAGAGACGACAAGAGCGACAGAUCGUUGUGCAAUGUGCGUUUCAAUCUGAAGGAGAAGAGACACCUGUUUCUGGAACAGGUUCUCUCCCCGGUUCCGAAACUCUGGAACAAACGAGGAGGGGGAGGAGGAGGAGGAGCACCUAUCUCCUCCGAUAAGGGUAAGGAGUGGCAAAUGGAGCUGCUGAUGGAGAAAUUGCGUUCCAAGGCCUCCACGUUCAAGCCUUUGGUGGAGACGGCCAAGAACAUGCGUAUGGCCAUGGAUAAGCGAUUCGUGAUCGACAGCGUAGAAAGGAAUCAGUUGCAGAAAUGUUUGGACACCCUACAACAUUCUAUCAAAGUCACUUCCUUCCAGUCCAUGGUGGAGCGGCUGGAAAGUUUGGCGAGACAAUUAGGAUUAAAGUUCAUGAUGUCUGGUCCUCCAGGCACAGAAAUAUUCAUAUCCUCCGAUAUGUUCUUCUUGGAAGUUCUGUUGGAACCGUCAGGACUUGUUAGAGACGUCAAGAUCCAUCACGAGGGAAAGAGUGAGCAACAGAGCUGCGAAGCGCUGGCAUCGGCUCUGUCGCGCGGCGACUUCGUCGACUUCACCACCCAGCUGGAAGGAUUGGCAUCGAUAUAUCAACUGAACGCCGAUAAGAAAGUCAAGUGUAAAGCAUUCAGUGCUUUGCAAUCUCUGGAGGCUGAUCUGGGUGUUUUGGCGCAGCUGCAAACAUUUAUGAAGGAGCCAUUCAAUCUGGUUCACAAGAGUCCCGUCGGAAUUUUGGAGAGAAGAAGAGGCGGCCAUCCGAUGAAGUUGACGUAUUUCGUCUCGCCAUACGAUUUGAUCGACGAAGAGAAUCAAACCUACGAUGUUCUGAAUCCCGAUGUCAUCGUGAAACGGAAAAUCGGUCACUCGGUAACCGUUUGUAUGGAAGGUUCCAUGGGUCACAAGCUUCCCACAUCUAGUAUUAUAACUGUAAAUAGAAGUCCCACGGGCAAGAGUACACCCUCCUACGCUCCGUUGACCAGCACAAACUCCUCCAUGCUGCCCGCCUGCUUCGUGCUGAAGCUUGGCAAGAAGAUGCCAAUCUGUAUGGAGCUGGUGAGGAGAAUACAGAAAGUUACAGAGCUGGAGUGCGGCGACAUCUCCGCACCACAUCCUAUGCUCAGCCUGAUAAUACAGCAUGCAAGUGAUGGUCAGCUGGAUUGUCGCAAUAACAGGGGUUUGUACGUGACCUUACCGGAUCAGCAGCACUGUUACUUCAUGACGGAGAACAAGAACAUGGAAGGCGUACUGGUAUGCAGUAUCCCCUUCACGCAUCCGGCGCACGUGCCGCAGAUCCUAGUGUACCUGCGGCAGCAGGCUCUCUUCAACAGCCUGGUCGCGAGCUGCGUCCGACCCAUGGCUCGCCAGGAUCCCGAGCACACAAGCAUCCUCGAGGUGAGCGCUCUCUCGUGGCAGCACAUCAGCGUGAGCGUGGAGCACCCGUACGAGGAGACGAUGGCGACCGCGGAGCUGGAUCUGACAGACAUCUCGGCGCUCAAGUGCCGCCUCUACGGGGUGAGCAUGACGACGAACGCUGAGCAAACGUCGGACCUCAGCGGCAGGGUGUUACAACGCUGCCUCAGCAUCCCCUUGACCAUGCGGACCUUGCUGAAGAUCUGGGAGGGUCAUUCCCUGCCCGCGGUGAUGAGCACUUUAACUGGUGGCAACAGCAGCAACAACGGAAACUACAAUCUCAAUCUUGGAUCCGGUGGAAAAGACCAGACCGGUCAGAACGGCACCGCGUCCGGCAUGCCGGACUUCACGAACGGCGAGACGAAGGUGAAGCAGGAGCCCGGCCUGAACAAUGGCAGCAAUGGAUGCAUGGGUGGCAGACAGAGUCAGCAACAACAGCAAUCUUCGUCGUCGUCGCUGUCUUCGCACCAGUUGCAGCAACAACAGCAGCAGCAGUCUUUUUUAGAUGCCGGAACGGAAAAUAGUAUCGGUUUUCCGUCGUAUUCCGGCCAAUCCGAUACGACGACCUUGACCAUGACCUUGGGUGGUACCACUGGGACCAACAACGCCACCGCGUCCAUGCUGAACCCGUUGCAGCUGGGCGCGCUGCUGGGACAGGCGAAGAACUCCCUGGCGGGUAACUCGAGCUCGAGCGAGCGCGCUAAGAAGACCCGGAAGAGGAAGUCCGCCGGCGCGGACGGCCUCUGGCGCAGCCCGAAGCGGAAGGGCGACGGCGAGAGCGGAAAUUCCGCAGAAAUUCUACUGGAAAGCUCGAGCUCGGAGAACUCGACCCCGCUGGGAACUCCCACCGGCGGCAGGGAGAACCUCGCGUCCGAGACCAGGACGUCCACGCCGACCUCGGCCGCGAGUUUAGCGAGCGGGAUCGACUUCUCGAACCUGGACAACAGCACCGACAUCCUCGGCAUCGAUAAGAGCGCCUCGGAUUACGAGUUGGAUAACUCGGAGAGAGACAGCGAGGUCGUGGAGGUGCAGCAGCACACUAGCGGCGCGGAGCAGCAGGACCUCGAAGAGCUGAUGAAGCCGCGCGAAUCCUCGUCGACGACGCGCAAGUCGAAGAAGAGCCGCGGCGGCGAGGACAAGAAGUCGAGUCCGACGGCCGGCUUCGUCGACGAGACCAGCAGCACCAAGAAUCUCCCGGUCCCGCCCUCGGUGAGCAUCACCCCGAUCUCGUGCGGCAACCUGGACCAGGCGACCGCCGCCAAUUACAACUCCGUGCUGACGGGGAUGGGUCUGGAGAAGCGACCCGGUAUCGAGAUCAUCCCCAUCACCUCCUCGCCGUCGCAGACCAGCCUCCCGAGCUCGAUCACCAUCACCCCGAUCGCCGGGCCGGCGCCGUCGCCGAAGACCACGACGGAGGAGCGUCAGAGGAGCGAUCGGAAGAGCGGGAGCAAGAGUAGCGGCAGCAAGAGCGGCUCCGAGGACAACAACAAGAGCGGCGGCAAGCUGGAGAAGCGACGGAAGCGAAAACGGGAGGACAGUCCCAUGGGUCCGCCGGACAAGGUGCCCUCUAGCGGGUCCAAGCAGCAGGAGCUCUCGAAACCAGUGUCGGUGAGCAUCAACAAACCCAGCACGGAGCAGUCGCCACCUGGCGGCGGCUCGCUGAGUUCUUCGUCGAGACCCACCUCGCCCGCGGCGGUGAGGAAGUUCAGCCCGUCGCCGACGCACACGAGCUCUCUGGCCACCCUGGUGGGCAAGUCCAGUCCUACCCUGAAGGCCGGUCAGUCCGCGGCAGCGGUGGCCGCCUGCGGCGGCAAAUCCGUGCAGAGCCCCAAGCACUCCCCGGUCUACAGCAGCAGUCCGAAGCAUAACACAGCCAACGUGGUCCCCGUGGUGCCCAUGUCGGUCCCGAUGUCGCUGUCCGUAUCCACGAUACCGAACACGGUGUCGUCGGUAGCGGUGUCCGUCCCGGUACCAGCGAACGCGAGCCCGAAACACGGCAGCAUCUCGUCCCCGAAGCAUGGCAGUUCAGCGGCUAGCAGCGGUAAACCCAGUAUGUCCGCCCUGAAGUCGGCGGCGAACUCGCCGUCGGGGAAGAGCGGUGCCUCGGCGGACGCGACGGCGACUCCGUCCAAGAUCAAGUCGUCUUCCUCCUCGUCGUCUUCCGGGAAGGACUCCUCCGGUCGCGGAGACAAGGAGCGACGAGCGUCCUCGGUUGUAUCCUCCGGUGGCUCGACUGGAGGCCAUCAGAGUCCUAAGACCAAGUCGUCGUCGUCCAGCGUGAAGCUGAAGCAGCUGGAGAUGAUCCCUCCACCUGGUGAAGCCGCCCAGGUCUCCUCCUCCUUGUCUUCCGCGGGGAACAGCGGCGGCAACACCCCACCUUCCGGGCAGGCUGAUGCCAGCAAGUCUGCCAUCGCGGCCCAGCAGGCGCGGAACCGCAAGAGCUCCCUCAACGCCGUUAUCGACAAGCUGAAGAACGCGCAGCACUGCACCGAGCCCGACGUUUGUGGCAACGGCGGCGGGAACCAGAAGAGCGGUCUAGGAAGUGGGCAGAAGGAGAAGAGCCUGAGCGGCUCGUCGACGAGCGGCGGCAAGAGCACCGUCGAGGGCGGGAAGUCGUCCUCCUGCGUCGCGAAGGACACCAAGAACCUGGCGUCCGAGUACAUGGUGAAGCACAGCUCGGACGGCAUCAAGAUCACCAUCAACAAGACCCGGACCAAGGACUCGAAGCAGUCGGCCGCCAACCAGAAGCUGUCCUCGUCCUCAUCGUCGUCCACCUCGGGGACGAUGGCGACGUCGUCUUCGGGGACCACGUCGUCGUCUACGGGAACUUCUUCGUCGUCGUUGUCGACGUCCGGCAACGUCAUCGCCGGGAGCAACGGCUCGCCGAAGACCCACACAGGUCUGAAGCCCGGGGUGAACUCCGGACCGGCGUCGAAGAAGCCGCAGACGCUGCAAACCCCGCAGAAGCUGUUGCCUACGAAGAUGAUGCUGGCCGCUGGAGGUCUGAAGUCGGCUACCUCGAGUCUGCUGAACACCGCCGGAGGCGCCGGCGCCGGGGGAAGCCUUCUGUCGAAGAGCGGUUCCUCGAAGACGACGGCCGCGCCGAAGACGGGCGGCUCCGUGGCGACCGACCUGAGCCGCGGCCGCGACAAGGGAGCCAGACUGUCCAAGUCCGGCGAGAAGGGAGUGUUCGCGUCGAAAAGCCUCGGCGACGCGAGGAAGUCGAGCCCGUCCGCGCUGCGCGAGGAGAGCGACAGCGAGCGAACGUUUAAGUUGCUGGCCGCCCAGUUGCCGUCGAGUCUGCCGCCCCAGCUGGUGAUGGAGGGUUUGAUGAAGCAGCUGGACACCAAGUUUCAGAUACCGAAGCUGUCGGCGCGCGCGAACGUCGUCGUUGACGCCGACAAGAACAAGUCUUCGGAGAAGUUACCCAUGUUGCCAGAUACCAACAAGCAGACUCUGGAUGGUCUAAAGCAGGACCCGGGUAACAAGUUGGCGACCGGGUUGUCCACGUCGAAGUCGGAGGAUGCGGGUCAGUCGAGGCGGGACCAUUCGCAGACGAAGACUCUGGACAACCUGUCGAUCGGUGGCGGCGCCUCCGGCGCCAUGACCUUGAACCUCAUCGGGGAGAACGCCGCGGGUCUUAUGCUGCCUCCGCAGACGUCCGUCGACCCGGACGUGCCUACGAAUCUGUCUAUCCAGUCGAUGGUGGACAGCGAGUCGUCCAGGAACGACUCGGGCAAGGACCUGGGGAUAAGGCAGAUGUCGAGGGACGGUCAGUAUCUCCUGGGUAAGUUGGACGACGCGGGCGGCAGCGGAGGCGGGAUUCUAUCCAAGAGCAGCAUCCCCGAGCAUCAGCUGACGUCCUCGUCGGCGAAGACUUACGCGUCAAGCUCCGCCUCCUCGAGCGGAGGCUCCUCCCUCGUCCCCGAGAGUCUGAAUCUGAGCACCAAGACGUUCGAGCAGCUCAAGUACAACAAGAUGGCCGCGGAGGAGAAGAAGUCGCAGCAGACGUCCACGUCCACGUCCUCGUCCACAUCGUCCUCGAUCUUUUCAUCGUUGAGCGGCGUCGCGAGCGCCUCUAGCGGCUCCGACGACAAUCCUAGCGCGGUCAUGACGUCAUCGGACGGCGAUCAGGAGGCGACGACCACGACGACGACGACGACGACGACAGCGACGGCGGCGGAGAUGCUGCUGGACUUCUCGGCGGCCGGCAAGGACCCACUGACGUCCAAGACCGGCCACGGCAUCCCGACGACUUUGACUCAAGGUCACCACCUGACGACGAUCCCUGAGCGGGCGAUGUCCCAGGCGGCGCCGGUGCGCCGCAACACGCCGCCUCCACCGCCUCCGCCGCCUCCGUUGCCCGCACCCUUUCCGCCGGCCGCCAGUCCGUCCGUCAGCGUCCACAUCGUCAAGAGCCCGGCGCCGAGCCCACGCGUCAUUCCGCCCUCGCCGCACUCAUCUGCGUCGCCCUGCCUCAUCGACGACGACGAUCUCAUGGACGAGGCCCUGGUCGGGAUGGGCAAAUGAAGAU